AUGUCGUCGACAGGUGGUUCUUACCGUCCAUACACGCACAACAACUACCGCUCUCCACAGACCAACCUCAUGCUUCCUGAAGGGACUAACUUAUCCAAGAACUUGGAGCUUCCAAAGACAAAUGAUCAUCUUCUGAGAGGACCCGCACCUUCCUACUCAAUGCCUUACAAGAGCAGUUUUGACAACAAGCCUAUAAAGCUUCAUUACAACUACAGCACACGGAAAAGCUCUCGAACGAUCUCUAGGACGCCGUCUCCUAUGCCUAGAAAACAGAUGACGACGAUUAAAGAAGAAGAUUCUCAGGACAAAGACAAAGAACUUCCUCCUGCUCUACCGCCGAGAGAAACUUCUUUGGGAGAAAAUCUGCGAACAACUUCUUUUUCACAAAAAAGUUAUAUUGCUGAGCCACAGCCAGCCAGCCUAGCCGGCAAGCAAAAACAACAAGAAAAUGUUUCAUCCUUCCCGUCUGCAGAAUUAUCUGCAUCUCCACAACUGAACUAUUCAUCAUCCUCUCAUCUUUCUUAUAAACCUUCUCUUCAUGGAUACUCACCCAGACCACUUUACAACUACGGCUCAUCCUCAAAUUAUUCAUCAAGAUCCAUGGAAUCUGAUUUUUCUAUUGAAAAAUCUGAUCGUCCGAUUUAUCCUGUCGCACCAGAAAAAAUACAAGAAAAAGCACACACGGUGGAGAAUGAAGCUUUUUCGCUUGCGAAUAAUCAGUCUUUAUCAAAGACAAACCCCGAGAUGUCUACAAAUCUUUCCACUCCUCGGAGACCGCUUACUGGAACUACAGCAAUGGUUCAGAGUAAACCCAUUGAGAAGGAGGAAUAUUCAAAAAACUCUGAACUUACCUCUUCAGCUAGAACGUUUUCGAACCAAAGUCAACUUCCGGUUUAUACAUCCUCACUGAAAGGCUACCAAAGCUACUACAAUCAGAACUAUCUCAAUUCUCCGUCGAUUUUGUCAUCAAGGCCGUAUUCGCCAAAUAUUGUUACUCAUUCCAUUGAGCGAACAAUACUUCCCGUAGGUUUGGAAACAGAAGCUAGAAACUAUCAUGGUAACUCCAGUACCAUUCAGUUCUGUGAAGAAAAGUCGAAACACGACGUGCCGAGCGGUGAAAGCAAAAGUUCUUCAAGAUUGCAAGAGGAACCCCUUAAAGAAGUUCCGGUAGCAACUCCCAUAAGAAAUGUCUACACUGGUCUAAACUUUGCCUACAGCGACCGACAAAGAAAAGAAGUGGAGCGAUUACGCGCAGCCGAGGAGUUAUCGAUAAGAAAAAAAGAAGAAGAACGGAAAAAAUCGGAAGAAGAAGAUCGUAAAAAAGCUGAAGAGGCACAACGCGUUGAAAAUGAAAUACGCAGAAGAGCUGAAGAAGAAAAUCGAAAGAAAAUCGAAGAGGAAAACCGCAAAAAAGCUGAAGUAGAACAACUUCGAAAGGCUGAAGAAAAGCGCCAAAACGUGGAAAAGGAAAAAAUCGAACAAGAAUUAGCUUUAAAAAAACAAGAAAUGAAUAGUCAAUCGAUAUCUCAAGAAGAAUCCAAAGCCAGCGAAGCGAUCAAUAUCACAAAGUCUGAAAAACCCCUAAUCACUGAAACUAGGCCAAAUCCAGUAGAAGAGCCUCAGGAUUUAGUUCCAAUUUUUGACACGGAUGAAGCUGACGUGGCUGCUUUCAAACGCCAGAUCUCGGAGCAGAAAAAACGACUUCGUGAAGAAAAAAAAGCGAAUUCAAAAAACGAGGUAGGCGCCCUAGUAAGGCGCCAAUCGAACGACCGAAUUCCAGUGAGUUCAACUUUAAUUGAUUCCCUUUCAUUCGAAUUUUCAAAAUUCAUGAAAUUUCAGUUUGCUCCAACUGUGGAAGACAUCACGCCUGCAAACAGUCAUGUUUGUUUUUUCGGAAGAGCAUUUUCAUUUCAGUUUCAUUAAGGAAGAUGAGAACGCUUCUCAGAAAGAGCACCAAGAAAGUUCCGCUUCUUCGCAUGAGAAUGAUGAGGCAAGUUGAAAAAUGUAUUCUUGAAGAAAAAUAUGAGUUUUGUAUGAGAAAAUAUCUAAAUUCGCUUUCUUUUUUUUUUCAGCUGGAAAAAAAUUCUUUUUCUACAGCCGAAGAAGACUCAGAAGUAACUGAAAAAGAAAGCCAAGAGGUAUUUGAAAAAAUUUGGAAAAAAAUAUCACAUUUACAAUAUUCAGAUCGAGCAAGAAGAGAAUACUUUGUCUGAUGAAGAAGUUAUCGAGGAGCCUGAAAAGCAAGACGAUGUUUGUGAUUUUCUCAAUUGAAAAACGUUCCUAAUUUUAUUGGGGGCCUCCCGAUGAGCCCUUUUAAAUUCAGUCAAUUCAAGUUGAAUUAUGAAUAAUUUUCCAGGCAGAAGAAAGAUGUAUCUCAGAAGGCAAAGAAAAUGAAAACAAGGAUGCGGAAACCGAUGAAGUAAGUUUUCUUUUUUUCAACCGCCUUCGAAAUAGUCUAAGAAGAAUACUUCUCAUUUUUUCGAUCAUUCAAGCUCAAAACGAUCGUUAUGUUUCAGACAGCAGGAAACUCCCUCCCGGUAGCCGAACAAGACUCUCAAAUAACCGAUGAAAAUAGUGAAGAAACUAAUGGGAGCACCGACGAACCGCUGGAAAACGAGGAGGAUGAUCAAGUAUACUUCACUUUUUUUAUUUUGAACUGAAUUUUUUGCAGAACUUGGAGCACAACGACGACGCACUAGAAACAAUCAAUCUUGAAACGACAAAAAACAUGAACUUUGUGAGUCAUUUCCCUCAGAAAUGAAAGUUGCCACGAAGAAAGUUUCAGAAAGAAGAUUUGGUUAACUGUGAAAGUGAAACAGAUAGCGACAAAUUCAAAGCUGUUCAAAGCGGUUCAAAACAACUUUUUGACUUGGACGACAGUGAAGACGACACUUUUCUUCUACCAGAAAGAAAUAACCUCGAGUCUUCAUCUCCCCAGAAGAACGAAUCUCCGGAAUCUGAUAACAGCGAAAGUUCCCAAGAGGACCUAGACAGAACACUUCAAGUAGAGACAGAGGUACAGAAAAACUCGAAUUUUUUUUUUUUGGAACAAUCUCUCUUAUAUAUUAUAUCUAUUCCAGAACUUAGAUGAAGAACAAGAAGAUUCCGAAGUUUCUGCGGCAAAACUUUUGGACUUGAAGGAAACUGAAGCAGUUUCUCAUGAGAGCGUGGAGAAUGCGAAAAGUUCUGAGGAAACGGAAGACAUUCCGGUAAGCUAUACUCAAUUUUUUUUUCUAGUUUUUAGAUUAGAAAACCUGAAAUCUGAGAGAAUUUAAAAUGACAUACAAAAACGGAAAAAAUCAUGAUUUUUUAUUCUUAAAAGUACUGGCAAAUUGCAGGAAAAAAAUAAUUCCGAGACACUCCUCAUCGAAAACUCGAUGGAAGAAGAAAAAGAACAGGACGAUGGCUUAACUGUUGAUGUUCAUGAAACGGAUGAAAACGACUCUGAAAAAGGAAUCCCUACUCCUCCAACAUCACCCGUUGAGCAACUUGUAUUUUCUUCAUUAAAAUGGAAAGUUUGACUGUUUUAUCUUUAGGAGACGGAAGAACUGAGUGAGAAAGAUGAACAUGAGAAUGAUGAAAAUCAAUCUUCCCAAGUGUCGGAUGGAUAG